AUGGGCCCCUCUCAGCUGUGGGUCACCCCCGUUACCAACAGCUUCUUCCCUACGAACGAGCUUCCAACUUGGAAUGCCGAUCUUUCGACACUGCAGUCCGAGAAGGAAAUCCUGGAGGAUGGACUCGCCAACUGUGUUACCUAUCUGCAGGUUCUACGUAAGAAGCAAGCUCGAACAGAACGCCGGCUGGUCACAGAUCCCUCACUACCACGCAAGAAGAAGAAACGGUUCCAGCAGGUCAAACGUGAAUUAGAGAAAGAAAUAAAGCAUCGAGAGCAGGAUGAACAGGCUUUUCUCAACAACCUCCAGGCUUGCAAAGCAAACAUUUACAUCGCCGAGACCGUCUCUCUGCCAUCUACAGCCAUAUCCUCAACGCUACCAGACUUUGGCUCGAUCUCGACAGGAUGCUCGUACCCAAGAGACUUGGAAUCGGCGCCUACAGAAACGAGUUGGAACGGUUGGACGGAUGAGUCGAUCCUCUCGCCAUUUCAGAGAGAAAGCAUCAGCCCCUUUUUCACCUUCGAUGUCGCUCCGGACGAGCAUCUCGAAGCCAGAAGUACCGACGGAACGAUAUCGGAUGACUACAAACAACCACUCGAUGCCCAGCAUACCCGAAAGAUCAACCCUAUCCAAUCUGCAUCGUCCAACACGCAGACCCAUCUUCUGCUGAGCCCCGAGGCUCCGACAUUCCACCCUCAGUCCACGUAUACGAACCAGAAAGGGAUUGUAGCUACACGACUAGCCGAAAUCAACCUUCCUUCCGCAAUGGCAGUAACAACGUCAAGUAUAGUGGUGUUGGAGCUUCUGGACAGAUGCCUUGUCAGUUAUGCGGGCAUGGGCCAAGCACGACGGCAGGGUUCACUUGGGAACAUAGAAGAUCACUUAGGUAGCCUGCGUUUAGCCAAGCCCAGCUCGGACGCAACUGUCACGGGUGGCAAGCUCAAGUACAGAAGAGGCUCCCUAUGA